AUGGGAAGGUCUCAAGGCAGCAGUAAGAGUCUGUUGGAUCUCAGAACCCCCUUCUGGUGCCUUGCUCUACGUGAGGCCACAGGCAGCACUGGCUCUGGCUGGAGAAGUCAGGCACCUGAGGGUACCCACCUGGCACUUAGGAGUCUUGCUAUAGCCAGACGCCAAACACAGGGCUUGGCAUGCAAUAGUUGCCCUGUGAAUAGUGGCACCAUUUUGGUUCCGAGGGUGCGGCUAACUGCCCAGGUUUGGCGGAGAAGGUGGAGUAGGACCCGGCGCCUGGCUGGCGGGUCCCAGGAGCCCGCGAAGUUGAUGUGCGCACGCUCCUCCUUCCGGGAGAGGUCCCACCCCUGGGGCCCUGGCCUCGCCUCCUGCGCCCUUUCCGGCCCCGCCUCUGGUGCGCGCGGCCAGCUGAGCCCCGGGAAAGGCGGUGAUCGCGGCUGCAACAGCAUGACUUUGGAGGCGAUCCGCUACUCGCGGGGCUCACUACAGAUCCUCGACCAGCUGCUGCUGCCCCAGCAGAGCCGCUAUGAGGCGGUGGGCUCGGUGCGCCAGGCCUGGGAGGCCAUCCGCGCUAUGAAGGUGCGCGGCGCCCCAGCCAUUGCGCUCGUGGGCUGCCUCAGCCUCGCCGUGGAGCUGCAGGCGGGCGCCGGGGGACCCGGACUUGCCGCGCUCGUGGCCUUCGUGCGCGACGCUCUGAGCUUCCUUGUCACCGCCCGGCCCACCGCCGUCAACAUGGCCCGCGCCGCCCGAGACCUGGCCGACCUCGCAGCCCAGGAAGCGGAGCGGGAGGGCGCCACGGAGGAGGCGGUCCGAGAGAGAGUGAUCCGCUGGACCGAGGACAUGCUGGCAAAAGACCUCCGGGACAAUCGGAGCAUCGGGGACCUGGGAGCCCGCCACCUCCUAGAGCGGGCAGCCCCCGAGGGCGGCAAGGUGAUAGUGUUGACCCACUGCAACACCGGUGCACUGGCCACUGCUGGCUAUGGUACAGCCCUAGGUGUGAUCCGCUCGCUGCACAGCCUGGGCCGUCUGGAGUGUGCCUUCUGCACGGAGACCCGGCCCUACAACCAGGGAGCCCGGCUGACGGCCUUUGAGUUCGUCUACGAGAAGAUCCCCGCCACCCUCAUCGCCGACAGCAUGGCGGCAGCCGCCAUGGCCCACUAUGGAGUGUCAGCUGUGGUCGUGGGAGCCGACCGCGUGGUUGCCAAUGGCGACACGGCCAACAAGGUGGGCACCUACCAGCUAGCCAUCGCCGCCAAGCACCACGGCAUCCCCUUCUAUGUGGCUGCCCCCAGCUCGUCGUGUGACCUCCACCUGAAGACAGGCCGGGAGAUCAUCAUUGAGGAGCGUCCUGGCCAGGAGCUGACCCAUGUCAGUGGGGUCAGGAUUGCGGCACCCGGAAUUGGGGUUUGGAAUCCUGCCUUUGAUGUCACCCCCAACGACCUCAUCACUGGCGGCAUCAUCACAGAGCUGGGUGUCUUUGCCCCUGAGGAGCUCCGGGAAGCCCUAGGUGCCACGGUCACCCUAGAUGGACCCCAGAAGUAACCAACCUAGCUGUCC